AUGUCGCAACUGCAAUAUCUUGAGAUCGUCGACUUCGACCACAGCAUACUAGCAAGAUCCUUCAUACCUCUUGGUUCGCUCUCCCAGCUUAAAUCACUAAAGAUCGGCACCUCAUUCUUUGCUUACUGUUCGCUCGAGGAGAACCCUGAGGAUGAUCCCGACUUCGCACACGAAAUUUUCCUGAGCGUCGAUUCUUAUAACAUGUUCUCCGGACUUACUGCUCUGGAACAUUUGUCCAUCAGUGCACAUCAGUAUGGACACCCGGGACACCUUUGGAGGUCGAUCUCUGCGUAUUGCUCCAGACUUAGUUCUCUUGAAUUUGUGGGCGAGCUUGAUCUGUGGAGCCCUGCUCCCUUUGAUGCAGUCAAAUUCAACAGCCUCACAGACUUGACUAUCGAUGAACUCAGAGUCACGGAUAUGGCUGAUGAUUGGGCCGUAGAUCAUAUGGCUACGUGUCGGGCAAUAAGGGUAAUCGACAACUUUGCACCCAAGCUUCAGCGGCUACAAUGCACAACUAAGUCCUACAUCUCGCAGCAGAUAUGCACUGACUGGACAGAGGUUCACACUCCGGAAGACUUCUUUCAAGACCAAGACUAA